GGUCCCCGACAAACCGGUGGACCGAGCGAGGUCGGCACGAAGGGAUCCGGCCGGAGUCCAAACGGGUCGCACCCGCCCGCGAUCCGCGAACGCAGGGACUGAGGGAGGGACACAAGCGCGCAAGAUGAGCAGCGGCGGCGGCAGCGACAAGUCCGGCUCGGGCGGCGGCGGGGCGGUGAAGACGCCGUCGGACUUCCUCAAGUCCAUCAGGGGCCGGCCCGUCGUCGUCAAGCUCAACUCCGGCGUCGACUACCGAGGUAUUCUGGCUUGUCUUGAUGGAUACAUGAACAUCGCAAUGGAGCAAACUGAAGAGUAUGUGAAUGGUCAGCUAAAGAACAAAUACGGUGACGCUUUCAUAAGAGGAAACAAUGUAUUGUACAUCAGUACAUCCAAGCGUACCCUUACCGACGGUUCUUGAGGAGGAACUGUUGGCAUCUUCAGUGCCAGCCUUGCAACUUGAUCGAUUAUGAGUGACUCGUAUUAUUUUCUUUUCCAUUCUCAUCUUCUAUCUUGUGAGCGAAAAUUGCAAAAACGAAAGGGGAACUGAAAUGAAUUGAUUGGAGUUGUACUGACAGCAAUGCUUGAUGUAGCAGUGUGUAACUCUGUCCACAAGUGCGCUCAAGAUAUCUGGUGGUAAUUCGACCUCUAGUGAUACAGAUAAGACUCUAGUGUCAUAAACUGAAAUGUCUGCUAUCUCAUUUAUUUUGUGAAUAAAUACCAGAUUGUCGAUCUGUGGCAUCA